GCCGUCGAGCUGCCGGCAAACAGCCGUCGCGGUGACGAGGGUCUCUUCCUCUUCUCUCUCUCUCUGUCUGUGUGCCCGCGGUGUCGUGCYUGAAGAUGUGGACAGGGAGUUCGCGCGGCGUGGCGAUGUUUGCUACAGUGACUGAUUGAUUGGCGGAAAUUAUGUUUGACUGGCGAUGAUCGCAUAUGAUUCAGUAACAAUAUCACCAUCACCAGUUAACCGGCAUUCCUUUUCUUUCUCUGCAGCAGCAGCAGCAGCAGCAGCAGCAGCAACAGCAGCAGCAGGAGGAGGAGGAGAUGUUAACCGGUGUUUAUCAGUGGUUAAGUAUGGUUAUGGUGUUGCAAAAUUGGUAUGCAAGGCCUUAGAUGGAGGCACAAUGCCUCCGGACGUAAUGAUGGAGACAGGGGAUCAGCAAUUAUUGGACAUUCCAGGUGGACAACCAUUGGACCUGGCACGUGGAGAAGCAGAAGGGGUAGGAAGUGAGAUGAUUGGGAACGCAAGUUUCAAGAAAAAAAGUGGAGCAAGUGCCUCCUCCGCCUCCUCUUCGUCGUCCUCCUCUUUCAAUGUUGAUGAUGAUCAUCCGAAGGAUAAGAUUGCGACGAAGUUGUUGAAUUUCAAGGAGGAACGGGAUCCCUACACGGCUAUGUCGCCUCCGCUUUAUCAAACUGCGACCUUCGAGCUGCCUGACGCAAUUGCCGGCGGGCUGUACGAUUACACUCGAUCUGGCAAUCCGACCCGCACGUUGCUCGAGAGCCUGAUAGCUGACUUAGAAGGUGGUGAUCAGGGGUUUGCAUUCUCCACAGGGAUGUUGGCCCUCUCUACUGUGACGAGAUUGGUAGGAUCGGGUGAAGAAAUUUUGGCGGGAGAUGAUUUAUAUGGUGGGACCGAUAGAUUGCUCUCCCGUGUGGUCCCGCGCUCAGCAGCAGGCGUGAAGGUUAAGCGUGUAGACACGUGUUGCCUUGAUGAGGUCCGCUCUGCCAUCUGCUCCUCUACGAAAUUGGUCAUCAUGGAGAGUCCGACCAAUCCCCGCCUUCAGGUCAGCGAUGUGCGGGCAAUUGCUGAGCUGGCACACGAAUUCGGCGCGCUUCUGGUUGUGGAUAACAGUAUCAUGUCCCCGGUGUUGUCCCGACCGUUGGAUUUGGGAGCCGACAUCGUGAUGCAUUCUGCGACUAAGUUCAUAUCGGGACACAGCGACGUGAUGGCGGGGCUGCUAGCGGUCAAGGGAUCGAAACUCGCCAAGGAAAUAGGGUUUCUCCAGAACGCAGAGGGGACAGGCCUUAGCCCUUUCGACUGUUGGCUCUGCCUUCGAGGGGUCAAAACCAUGGCCCUUCGAGUCCAGAAGCAGCAGGAGAAUGCUCAGAAGAUUGCGGAGUUCCUCGAUUGCCAUCCCUUAGUGAAAAAGGUUAAUUACGUCGGAUUGAAACACCACCCAGGGCAUGACCUCCAUUUCUCCCAAUGCUCUGGAGCGGGCUCUGUCCUCAGCUUUAACACAGGUUCGCUAGAGGUGUCCAAGCAUGUAGUCGAGAACACUAGGUUGUUCGCCAUAACAGUGAGCUUCGGCAGCGUGCGUUCACUGAUCAGCCUGCCGUGCUUCAUGUCUCACGCUAGCAUUCCGCUGCCUGUGAGAGAAGCAAGAGGACUCACCGAUGACCUUGUUAGGGUAUCGGUCGGAAUAGAAGAUGUGGAUGACCUGAUUGCAGACCUUGAUCAGGCUUUUCGAGGAGCAUCGGAGAAGAUCAAUCAGAGUUGAGAGAGAGAGAGAGAGAGAGAGAGAGAGAGAGAGAGAGAGAGAGAGAGAGAGAGAGAGANAGAGAGAGAGAGAGAGAGAGAGAGAGAGAGAGAGAGAGAGAGAGAGAGAGAGAGAGGUUGUCAUGGUAUCGGUCGGAAUAGAAGAUGUGGAUGACCUGAUUGCAGACCUUGACCAGGCUUUUUGAGGAGCAUCGGAGAAGAUCAAUCAGAAUUGAGAGAGAGAGAGAGAGAGAGAGAGAGAGAGAGAGAUGACCUUGUUAGGCUAUCUGUUGGAAGAGAAUAUGUGGAUCACCUGAUUGCAGACCUUGCUCAGGCUUUUCGAGGAGCAUUGGAGGGAGGGAGGGAGAGAGAGAGAGAGAGAGAGAGAGAGAGAGAGAGAGAGAGAGAGAGAGGGGGGGGGGGCUGCUAUUACUGAUGAUCUUGCGAGGAUAUCUGUCAGGAUAUAAGAUGUUUUUUUCUUGCAGUAGAUCUUGAUCAGGAUGUUCGAGGAUCUUUUUUAAACAAAAGGAAGGAUUUUCAAGGAGCAUUGGAGAUAUGAUAAAUGAGAAAUCUUGUU